GUCAAUUCGAAACGUCAAAUUUUUGACAGGCAAAAAACAAUUUUGAAAACUCCCUGUAUUGUUCUAAAGUUCUCAUUAAAUUUGUUUAAUUUAUCAAUAACUAAAAAAGUUGAUAGUAAGUAAGUAUGGAAGUCCCAAUACAUCCUCUCACAAAUGACCCAACAGCUGCAUGGAAAGAACUCUCCAAGACCCAGAGAGUCAUCAAAGUAACGAUGAAACCGCCACAAACGACUGUUCCAUUCAACAAAGCUCGAAUUGUUUGCAUGAGUGACACCCAUUCCUUGACGCCUUAUAUUAAAUUUGAUAUCCCAGAUGGUGAUAUAUUUAUUCAUGCCGGAGAUUUCACGAAAUGCGGUCAGUUGGAAGAAGUAAUAGAGUUCAACAAUUGGAUCGGUAAUUUGCCGCAUAAGCAUAAAAUUGUCAUAGCCGGAAAUCAUGAACUUAGCUUCGAUUCAACGUUUACACAUCCCUUUCAAAAUAAAUCGGUUUCGCAAAGAACAAAACAUUCUGGCCCAUCGAUACUGGAUGAUAUGCCUACAUUAGGCAAUGCAAAGGAAAACAUCGAAGACGCUGUACAAACGCUCAAUAUCAGACAGUAUCUGACAAAUUGUCAAUACAUCGAAGACGAACUCACAACCAUUUAUGGCCUUAACAUCUACGGCAGCCCUUGGCAACCAGAAUUUUGCAAAUGGGCCUUCAAUAUUCCUCGCGGCAGAGAAUGCCUUGAACGUUGGAAUAAAAUUCCCGAAGGCAUCGAUCUGCUUAUAACACACACCCCACCAGUGGGACACGGUGACUUAUGUUGUUCGGGUGUUAGAGCUGGAUGUGUUGAGCUAUUGGCUAGUGUUCAACAACGAAUUAAACCAAAGUAUCAUGUUUUUGGGCAUGUUCAUGAGGGAUAUGGAAUAACAUCGGAUGGACGAAUAAUAUUUGUGAAUGCUUCAACUUGUGACAUAAACUACCUGCCAAAUAAUCCACCUAUAGUCUUUGAUAUAUCACUACCCAAAGGAUUUUCCAAAGAAGUUUAGUGAAAACAAAAAACGGAUCGUAUUAUUGUAGGCUUUUGUUUGUUUAGUUUUAUUUUCCUAUAAUUUACUUAACAAACUUAUUUUGUUGAUAUGAAAUUUUUAUUUUUUGUUGAGCAUUUUUUUUUACAAUUAACAAAAUCUAGUGAUAUUAUAAAAAAGAAUUGAAUUUGUUUAGAAUUAUAAGAAUUAACUUAACACACAUUAAUUAUAUAAAAAGUGCCAUUUAGAAAUGGCUUGUAAUUGUAUCUAUAUAAAAUGAAUACCAAAAAAAAAAAUAACGUUCAACUCUAAUUACAAAAAAAUAAAAUAAAUUAAAACAAUUAUUUUGCAAAAUAAUAUAGACAAAUUAUAUGACACGCUGUAAUGUAGCAUUGGACAAUUUAUAUUAUUCGAUAUGAGUUAUGUUAAGAAAACAUACAAGUAGCUUUAAGUAUGUACGUAUGUAAAAGCUUUUUUUUUGGUUUAUUUAUAAUUUUAUUCAAAAAAGUUGUAUUUAUAUUAAAUGCCUUGCACAAGAGUGAUGUUUAUCUCUUUUACAAUCGCUAGUCUUUUGUACUAAAUUUUUCUGAGCAAAUUAUAGAAAAUAAAUUAAAGUUUAAUAAUUAUGCUAAUUGAAAUCUGGUAUAUGAAUUUGUUGAAUUCCUAACCAGGUUAACACUAUUUGGACGACACAUGAAAGACAUGACAGACUCAGUGAGGUUGAUGGUUUAUUAAAUAGGUCCUUAUUUUCCCUGUCAACUAUAAAUGCCAUAAGAUACAAAAUUUAGUUUGACCUUUCUCUUUAAAAAAGAAAUAAAGUUAUA